AUGUCAUUUACAGAGAGUGAAAACUGGAUAGCGCUUCUCGAAAGUGUAUCGCGAAUUAGCAAAAGCUCGGGUGCUGAACUCGAUCAAGAGUCUGAUGAAAAACCUUUCACUAGGGCGGAGAUAUCAUACCUCAACAAGUUGCUGAAUUCUAAGCUUUUUGAGACGCAUGACUUGGAUUUUGAAAUCUUGAGGUCUGACCCCAAUCAUCCUCUUCAUUCCGUUCGCACGUUUCAAGAAUUGAACUUAAAGGAACCUCUUCUGAAAGGCAUCGCAGCGAUGGGGUUUUACAAACCAUCCACUAUACAAGAGCAAGCUUUGAGCAGCCUAAUAUCUGACAACCCACAAAAUAUGAUUGCGCAGUCUCAGUCUGGUACUGGGAAAACAGCGACAUUUCUUCUUGCUAUGUUGUCACGUAUUAACACAGAUGUACAUUACUGUCAAUGUUUGUGUAUGGCACCUACGCGUGAGUUGGCCUUGCAGAUAGAAUCAGUUGGUCGACAAAUGGCACAGUUCAUGCCGGAGGUAUCUUUUGCUACAGCAGUCCGUUCACCACGUGUCAAAGUCGAUUCGAAUGGGUAUGUAACAGAUCAGAUUGUUAUUGGUACUCCGGGUACAAUCGCAAAUUGGUUUCGUGGUACAGGAGAGCAUCUUAUUGAUCCAUCUAAAGUUGUUAUGUUUGUAUUGGAUGAAGCUGACAUAAUGAUAGAAGAAGAAGGUUUUCUUAAUAUAUGCAUGCGGGUUAAAAAGAAGUUGUCCAGAAAUUGUCAAAUCCUAUUGUUCUCAGCUACCUAUGAAGAUUCCGUCAUUGAUUUUGCACAUGAGUUUGUUCCUAAUCCGAUAGAGUUUCGUGUAAAGCGUACACAACUUCCUUUGAAAAAUAUUAAACAGUUUUACAUGUGCUUUAGUGAUUGGAUUGAAAAGUAUCAGGCGUUGAAAGAUAUUUAUGGAGGUUUUGAAGUUGGCCAAGCAAUUAUAUUUUGUGCAACACGACAAGAAGCUAGUUGGUUGGACGGGAAAAUGAAUUUGGAUGGUCAUAAAGUCUACAUACUCUCCGGUGAUCUAGAUGUUUCUCAACGCGAAAAAGUUAUUGAAGAUUUUCGUUCAUCAAAUUUCCGAGUUUUAAUUACAACUAAUGUGUGUUCUCGAGGUUUAGAUAUUCCACAAGUGAAUUUAAUAAUAAAUUGGAAUAUGCCAACAACAAAAACUGGUAAAGCUGAUUGGGAAACUUAUUUACAUCGUAUUGGUAGAUCUGGUCGUUUUGGUAAAGAAGGUGUAGCAGUUAAUUUUAUUCUAAAUGAUGAAAUGUAUUUGAUCAAAGAAUUGGAAUCACAUUUUGAAAUAGAAAUUCCUGAAUUAACUGCUGAAGAUUUGAAUAGAUUUUAA